UGCUCCGAUCGCGACGAAGACGGAGUCAGUAGUAAAGAUCUCCGCAUGGAGAACAUUCCCGUAUUACUACACAGAUACGAGGAUAAUUUGCCGGGACGGCCUUUCUUGAAAAAAAUGUCCGAAAUACGCGACGUUUCUUCCUGGUUCGGAGAAUUUUUCGCGUGUAGCGCCUCGAGGACGGGCCAACGGGCCCGCCGUUGGUGAUUUUUGGUUUUUAGUGGGUCCAAACAGGUGGCAAGUUCGCCGACUCGUCAGUUUGUUCCGGCAGCGACAAAGUGCAGUGUGUUCGUUUAAUAUUAGAAAGUGUUGUGAAACUCAACGGCGCGAAGUCCUCUUACAUAAUCCGUUUAAAAAAAUAGUGAUGGUUCUCUUCCUGACCGAAGGUAUAAUGGAAAUCGACGUCAUCAACGACCUGUAAAAAACAUUCGCUUCCCGGGAAAAGUAACUCGGAAAAACAAAAAAAAAACAAUUUUUCAAUACAACCCGGAGGUACGGCAACCUUCGGCCAUGCGCUCUAGCCAUCCUGUUAGGUCGAGGCCAGGAAAAAAAAGUGACUCGUGCGUCGUAAAAUGGACUCGCUUUCUGAUUUGUUCGGUGCAGGGGAUAGUUGGAGUACGGCAGGCGAUAGUCGGGAGGUGCUGAGGGGGGACAACGUUUCGGUCGCCGAUUCCACGACACCCCCGCCCCAACAGUCCGACGACAAGGAGGAUAAGAAGAGUUCGAAAUCUAUCCGAGCCCAAAUCGAGAUCAUCCCCUGCAAGGUUUGUGGGGACAAAAGUAGCGGCGUCCACUACGGAGUGAUCACUUGCGAGGGAUGCAAAGGAUUCUUCCGUCGAUCACAAAGCUCGGUGGUGAACUACCAGUGUCCGCGUAACAAGAACUGCGUCGUAGAUCGAGUGAAUCGAAACAGGUGCCAGUACUGCCGUCUUCAGAAAUGUCUGCGGCUCGGCAUGAGCCGUGAUGCUGUCAAAUUCGGAAGGAUGUCUAAAAAGCAGCGCGAGAAAGUAGAAGACGAGGUCAACUACCACAAGCAGCAGAUGAAGGAGGCGGCCGCAGCGCAAAUAAGGACGCAACGUGAUUCCGCCCCCGACAGUUCCGUAUUCGACUUACCUUCGCAAUCGACGGGAGAUCAGCUUCAUAACCCCUAUAACGGAGGAUAUUCCUACAGUACUGACCUAAGCACCUAUACUACCCCUUACUACACCAGCCAGACCCAAGUGCAGUCUAAUAAUAUAGCUGCGUACGAUAUUUCAGCCGACUACGCAGUAGACAGUACUACUGCUUACGACCCGCGACCGAUGGACAUAACAGAUACCGGGAAUAUCCUCAGCGCGAUGGUCAAUACAGGCAAUACUAACCCAAACGGUGGUGGUGGCGGCAGUGGUGGCGGUGGAGGGGGCAACUCCGGUGCAAACUCAAAAACUACCCUCUCCUUCAAACGCGUCAGCCAGACUUCGAGCAGUACCUCGCUCUCGGGUGGUACGAUGGUCUCCGUGAAGCAGGAGACGAGCGUAGAACCGCUGCUGUCCUCAUACGUCGACAGCACGACGUUCGUCAGCUCGCCGGGCGUUCAGCAGAGGCAGGGGGGCGGGGCGGGGUUGACGGCGGGUGACAUGCAGCAGAGUGGCGAAGAUUGUGAUGUAGCGUUACCCAAUCCGAACCAAAUAACCGAAAUAAUAUUGAAGACGAUAACGGAUGCCCACACCCGGACAUGUCUCUUCACCCUCGACCACAUCCACGAGAUGUUCAGGAAGCAGCACGACCUGACGCGGUUAGUCUACUACAAAAACAUGGCCCACGAAGAAUUGUGGCUGGAAUGCGCCCAGAAAUUGACCGGCAUCAUCCAGCAAAUCAUCGAGUUCGCCAAGAUGGUGCCCGGAUUCAUGAAGUUGUCGCAAGACGAUCAGAUCGUUCUCCUGAAAGCCGGAAGCUUCGAGUUGGCGAUAAUAAGAAUGUCAAGGUACAUGGACCUGUCGCAAAACUGCGUUCUUUACGGAGACAUGAUGCUACCUGCAGAAGCCUUCUACACAAACGACACGAACGAGAUGAAACUGGUUGCUUGCAUCUUCGAAAUGUCGAAAAGUUUGGCGGAGUUGAAAUUAACAGAAACGGAACUCGGUUUAUAUUCAGCGUGUGUAUUGCUUUCUCCUGGUAAGUAUCUAUAA